AGUAUCGGUUGGGCUGUGCGAGAGGGUUUAUGUUCGAGGGCCUCGAUGUGCUAACAUUACACAGGCGUAGCCGGCCCCUAAUCGAGGAAACAACGCAUCUUCAAAAAAAAACAUCAACGAGAACAAUAACAACAACAACAACAAUAAGAUGCGCGAAAAGUUCACCAUGUGUUGUUGCAACACGAUCAGGCAAUAAAAAAAAAAUAAAAACGAAAAAAUUAGAACUUUAAUAUAUAUAAAAAAGACACUGACUUGUUUUUUUCUGUUUGACCAAGAGGACAAGGGGUGAUCUAACUUAAGGAGAAGCCAGUAGAUAUUAUUAAUUAAUAAGUACCGAAGAUGAAACAAACCUCCCUCAUGGAAAGUAUUUAAAGAAAGAAAAAAAUAAAAGAAACUCGUUGUCUGCCUGCCUGCCUGCCUGCCUGUCUGACUGUCAUUGUUAUAUAUGUGAAAAAUCUGCUACUUUCUUGGUGCUGCCGCGUCUUUCUUUGCGUGCCCGGGACCUACUACUAUGUGCGACUGUCGAAGGGAAAGUGAACUGAUCUGUGGUGUUCAUUAGGAAAAAGAAAAAGUAAGCCGAGGCUUCCAUUCUCCGCGUGAAAGAGAGAAGUGUUGGAAUAUUCUGGUGCUACAGAGGUUAUCUUAAGGUGAGAGUACUGGCUUAGAAUGCGAUCGCCUUUUGACGAUGCCUACCAGUUGCCGGGUCUGACGUGGAAGAGUCAGCUCCAAUGAAGUUCAACAACUCACCUCCCUCAUCAUCCACCACCACCACCACCACCAUCUCCACCACCAACAACGCCAUCACCACCAUCGCCACCAUCUCCAUCACCAACACCAACGCCACCUCCGACACGACCUGCGAAAGAAGAAGAAGAGAGCUCAGGGAUCUCCACCAUCACCAACAAGAAGAAGAAGAAGAAGAAGAAGAUCCGCCAUACCCCAAGCGAGACGAUCAGCGACGUCAUCUGGUGCCCUCCCUAACUAUACGGAUCUCGAAGCACAGCAAUCUCCACCAGUACUACAAGAGCUUGCUCCUGCAUCGGCUGCGCCCUCUGCAGCUGUUCAUCCUCCUCCUGCUGUUCCUCGAGGCUGGUGCCACCGGGUGCAGGAUAUCAGAGUUCACCUGUGGGAAUUACGAGUGCGUUCCGGCGGAUGCUUACUGCGAUGGCGAGACGGACUGCGCAGAUAGGACGGAUGAGCCGCGGGAUUGCACACCCUGCAACAGGACCUUCUACGGAGACGUGGGCAAGAACUACGAAGUGUCUGUACAACGACCUAAGGACGUCCUCACCACCUACUGUCAUCUCACUUUCGUAGCUGAAGGGGACGAGUAUGGGGACAUCGUCCAGCUCACCAUCCAGGACUUCAGGCUCGGGGACUUCUUCAGCUACAACAGCGGAUGUCCUCAGGGUUGGAUGCAGAUCAGCGAGAGGGAGCGUCCCUACAUGGACGGCUUCUGGUGUGGUGACGGGAGAGGAUUCAAUGUCUACUACAGCGAGACCUCCACCACGACGGUGACGCUGAAGAAGUUCAUCCCGAUGGACUACAUUCACUUCGAGGGCCUACUGCAGACUCCCUUUGACUUCCGCCUCACCUACAAGACACUGAGGCACAGUGAUGCCCUUCUCCGCUAUGGGAAUAGCUCAAUGCCCAAGUACCGCGGCGAACUGACGGAAGGCUCACUGUGCGACCGCACCUUCCACAACUGUGACCAGUCCUAUUGCUCAGUGCAAAGUCCGAACUUCCCAGGACUUUACCCUCGACACGUGACCUGCCAUUACCUCAUCCGGCAAACUCGGUACGUGCCCCACGAGCGCCCUCUAAUUUCCAUCAAGCAGGAGGAUCCUCUGAAGUUCAACGUUAAGGACAGGUCAGCUCUCCCCAAUCAAGAGGUCGCGACUCCCCGGCUUCAGAUCUGGGGCGCCUGUGACCUUGUCCACGACCACCUCUUAGUGUAUGAUGGCAACUCAACCGAUGCUCCACUUUUCCUGAAAGUAUGUGGUUCUGGUGUCAUGCCUCCAAUCACUUCCACCGGACCUGAGAUGCUGAUUGUCUUCACAACAUCUCGGUUUGAUGAGCCCACUCAAGAGACCCUUCUUCCGAGGACCCUAGGCUUCGAGCUGAACGUCAAGGUCACUUAUCUAGACAUGGACUCGUGGAAGUUUGCUAGGAAUAGGCAGUGUGUUUUCCAUAUCUUCGGUGCUAACAACUCCAGUGGGGAGGUCACAUCUGUCAUAAGUACCCAGCCGCAAAACACUUCCUGCGUUUAUCUCUUCCAUGGUGAACCACAUGAAGUGGUUUGGAUUCAUUUCCGGAAAUACGAGAUCCUUCCUAAAAUGGGGCAUUACCACAUUAAUAUGACUGAAUGCAUAAACCCUUUGAGAAUUUAUGAUGGCAACUUUUAUGACCCCACUGCACCGUAUGGAUCUCCCAGACGAGCAAAGCUCAUCCAAGAGCACUGCACUGCUAGACCACCAUCUAUGUGUGCUAGGGAGUAUCUUCCCACGAAAUCAACCGUUGCACCAAAUGUCAAAGCCUGUACAAGAAACGAAAGUUACGUUGCUACUGGACCAAAAUUAACAGUAGUUCAGCACUACAAUGAAUCUACAGCUGCUCUAGGUAUGGACUUCAUUCUUCGAUAUGAGUUUGUAAAUACCAGGCCAGGAUAUCGACCAACGAAUGGGAGUGAAUGCGAUUUCGAGGCCAUAAGUGAUGGAUAUUCUCUUCGACAGGGUAAGAUCUUUUCCCCCCAGACUUCUGUUUUGUAUGGGAGGUGGGGACGUCGUAAGCUUUCUUGUCAGUAUCGUUUAACGGCACACAGUGAUGAGGUUGUUAGGGUAACUAUCACAAAGUUCCACAGUGCUUCUAGAUCUUGUGUUACAACAACCAAUAACUUCACAAGUCAAUGGGACUGUGACAACAGGUCUGGCCAGACUGCAUCUCUCAUCGUGUCAGAAUAUCCAUGGCAGGAUAUUGAGGUUCCUCGACUUUGCACCUGCGACUAUUCUGCUCUUCCCAUUAAUUACGAAUCAAAGUCUCAAGAGCUAAGGCUUAAGUUUGAAGUUAAUAAUAUGGAAGAUACCCACGAUUAUAAGGAUUUUAUGUUUGAAGCACAGUAUGAGUUCGUUAAGAAAGCAUCCUGCAAGAAAGCUCAAAGGUUGCAAGGUACAAGUGGAGAGAUUGUUUUUCAAAAGGCCAACCGAACUGAAGACAAGCCUUGUGAUAACUACCCUUGGCUCCUCCAGACUUCAGAUGAAAACAAAUCCAUCUACUUUAGAAUACGAGGUUAUGACCACAUUGACAAAAACUGCUCAACCUCAACAAGACUGCUCGUUUUCAAGGUGGGCCGCCUGAGGCCUGUUGGCGUUCUUUGCCCUGAUCCAAGCAGCAAGAAUGUUGUGGAGUUGUUCAGUUUUGCUUGGCAAGGCUCUGGCACUCUCGUGGAACAGUCAACGGACAAACUAAUACUCGAGGUUUCUGGGAGAGAUACAGUCCAUGACAAUGGCCCACAUACACUUUCAUGGCUUCAAGUAUCCCCAGCAAGGCAGUAUGACUGGUCAUCUGAGGGGAUUGUGCGGGCAUGCCAGCAGGAAUGUCCAGAAUUAGGGGUAUGUAUAAGUGAAGAUCUCUGGUGCGAUGGGAUACAUCACUGCCCAUCUGGACACGAUGAGCUCAUUGCCCACUGUUUCUUCCUUUCCGUUCCUUGGGCAUAUAUUGGAAUUGGAUCAGCACUAAGUAUUCUACUUCUUGUAGCUGUAACAAUUUAUGGAGCCUCUCGGCUUCGUGCUUCAGACAAGAAAGCACAUCAGCAUCAGCCUAUUCCCACUCUCCCCACAGCAUCAGAGUCUCUCUUCUCCUCGGACAAAGAGGUGGCAGAGAGGGAUGGUGGUGUGACCUCAGCUUACAGCCUCGACUACAGUGAAGUGGACUAUGUCACGACGUUAUGAGGCACACAGCAA